AUGAGUAAGGCCGACGGAAGUGAAACCAACGGAACGCCGUUGGCACCGACUGAACCAGUGACCCAAAGAAUGGCUGCACGCAGAGUGAGCUUGAAGCUUCUGGUCGACAAGAGAAAACGAACGGUGCUCUUUGCGGAGGCAGGCAAAGAUUUUGUCGACUUCCUCUUCCACAUCCUCGCAUUGCCGGUCGGACAGGUGAUCCAGCUCCUCACGAACACCGGGAUGGUGGGCACUUUAGGCAACCUCUACGGCAGCGUCGAGAAGCUGAACGAUGUGUUCAUCGAAUCUUUCAAGAAAGACAUUCUCUUGAAAUCCAAAGCACCCGCCUUUCUCUCCGGAAUCCCAUUCCUAUUUCCUGAGACUUCGUCCUUAGCUUCAGCACCCAAUACCUACUACAGGUGCUCUUUAUGUCCGCACACUAACUGUUGGAACUAUGUGUCUAAGGAACCUGCGGCAAUAUGUCCUCAGUGCAGAAAUUCCAUGAACCAGAACUUCACUUUUAUCAAAUCAUCAUCUGCUAAUGCUGCAUCAGCGGCUGAAUGGGACGGUAAGGGCGGUUUCGUGCUAGGGGAGGUGAUGUACAUGGUGAUGGAUGAUCUGGCGGUAAAACCGAUUACUUCGAGCAUUACUUUGCUAAAAAAGUUCAACGCGAAGGAGAUUGGGAAUCUUGAGGAGAAGGUGGUCAGCUUGGGAAUGGACGAGGGUAUAGAGUUGUUGAAGACUUCACUCCACUCCCAGAAGGUUCUCACUGAUGUCUUCCUUGGUGUGAAGCGAGAGAGAUCGUGA